AGCGGGGCGGGGAUUGGGCCGCGCUCUGCGCUCUGCGCUCCGCGCCCGGCGCUGGCAGCGCCUCCCGGCCGGCCUGACACGGGCGGCCAGACUGCCGCAGCCGCAGCCCUGCCCUGGCACUUCGUGCGCUCUCCGCCCGAGCCGCCGGGCCUCUUAAGUUGCUGGAUUCUGCAGUACAAGUCUUCAUGAACAAGCUGCACCGCUCAGAGAUUUCACGGCAUUCAGAGGUCACAGAGCUGCCACUAUGGUUAAAUGUCUUGUUUAAUGGUUGAGAGGUGCGGAGAAAUCUCAUUUGAUAGUCCUGACCAGAAUGCCAAAUGUGUGCGCAUGCUAGGAGAUGCACGGGUGAGAGGUCAGACAGGGGUUGUCUCCGAGCGCCGCGGCUCCUACCCAUUUAUAGACUUCCGUCUUCUUAACAAUAGUGCACUCUCAGGGGAAGUCGGCACCAAGAAGAAAGUGAAAAGACUGUUAAGUUUCCAGAGAUACUUCCAUGCAUCCCGGUUACUGCGUGGAAUUGUACCACAAGCCUCUCUCUACCUACUGGAUGAGGACUACCUUGGCCAAGCAAGGCAUAUGUUAUCCAAAGUGGGAAUGUGGGAUUUUGACAUUUUCUUGUUUGAUCGCUUGACAAAUGGAAACAGUCUUGUUACCCUGCUUUGUCACCUCUUCAAUGUGCAUGGACUUAUUCACCAUUUCCAGUUAGACAUGGUUACAUUACACAGGUUUUUUGUUAUGGUUCAAGACGAUUACCAUAGCCAGAACCCAUACCACAAUGCUGUCCAUGCUGCUGAUGUCACACAAGCUAUGCACUGCUAUCUGAGGGAGCCCAAGCUUGCCAACUUCCUCACCCCGUCGGACAUCAUGCUCGGACUGCUCGCUGCUGCAGCUCAUGACGUGGAUCACCCAGGGGUGAACCAACCCUUUCUGAUUAAAACUAAACACCACCUUGCCAGCUUGUACCAGAACGUGUCGGUGCUGGAGAACCACCACUGGCGCUCCACCAUCGGCAUGCUCCGGGAGUCGCGGCUGCUCGCCCACCUGCCCAAGGAGGUCACACAGGACAUUGAGCAGCAGUUGGGCUCCCUGAUCUUGGCAACAGACAUCAACAGGCAGAAUGAGUUUUUGAUCCGUCUGAAAUCACAUCUUGACAAUCAGGAUUUGAGGCUGGAGGAUGCGCAGGACAGACAUUUUAUGCUUCAGAUUGCACUCAAGUGUGCUGACAUUUGCAAUCCCUGCCGGGUCUGGGAUCUGAGCAAGCAGUGGAGUGAACGGGUCUGCGAAGAGUUUUACCGGCAAGGUGAUCUGGAACAAAAAUUUGAACUGGAAAUAAGCCCCCUUUGUAAUCAGCAAAAGGAUACAGUACCAAGCAUCCAGAUUGGUUUCAUGACAUACAUUGUUGAGCCACUCUUUGAGAGGUGGGCCCAGUUUACAGGCAACACUCCCCUAUCUGAAAACAUGCUAAACCAUCUCAGGAGGAACAAGGCCAAGUGGAGAAGUUUGCUCCACAAGCAACACAGCAGUAGUAGGAGCAACGACCACUCAGGCCAAGUGACUGGCAGCCAGGAACAGACUUUAAAUGAAGAAGAGACUCCUUAGUGGCAGCUUUGCACUUUUCCUUCUAGCACUGCUAUCUCCGUCUUGGUCACAGCAGCAAAAACGGUCCCGAGGAGCUGGAGCCUAUUGUCAACACCGUGCAAAGGCAAGAAAUGGCAAAGCUCUAAGGGUCCUCAUGAACACGCCCAUGGUUCUGCUGGGUUUCUUUCUGAUCUUCACGUUCCUCUCCCCUCUCUCCAUUCUGCGCAUGCCUGAUGCCAUUAGUCACUCCUGAUCCCGAUCUGCCCCAGCACGGAGUCCCAGCCAGCAGCCAGGAAGCCAGGCCAGUUCCAGCGGCCAUGAAGCAGGGAGGAUUACUGAGAGGACAGGGAGCACAGAGAGGCACUCUUGGUGAUUUUCUCAUUUACCACAAGUCAUUUUGUGACAUGUGUAUAUAGGCCCAGAGCGCCACACCCAUUCUAGGCUGGCAGCUGGGCUGCACGUGAAACCACCAGCAUCUCCAGCAUCCAGAGGACAUGGACCGAGCAGGACAGCACUCACAGGGGGCAGAGAGUCGGGUUGUUUUAGUGGUUAAAAACCUUUUUAACUUUUGUAUUCUGUGCACUAAACACCAGAUCUCUAAACCUUGGACAGAAGUUACUCUCCGUAUACACACCUUCAGUGUAACAAGGCUUGUUUUGGUAAUCAUUUUUAUGCCACUUUGGAUAAAAGACGGGCAUCUUCUCAUUGCAAGGAACAGUAUUCCCUCGCAGCCGAAAGGGAAGGUGUAGUACAGUCUAAACCUUUGAAACACAAACAGAUCUAUCUUUUGAGUACUGUUUCAGGUUACCUGUUUAUAUUCAUAUGUGUACAUUUUCUGUAAAUAGAAAGCGCUACUGAUUCCCAUGCCAAAAUACUGGAGUACUGUGGGAUGAUUGCUACCUGUAAAAACAUUGGCACUGUGAACAGAAUACUGUUAGUUUUAAUACAAGAGAAAGCAUUUGUAAAUAUGGUAUAGAGUUUAUUAAUAUACACCAUUGUUUGUGGAUAAAAGCCUUAACUUCUA